AGUUGUGACGAUGCACAUGUUGAAGGAAUCGCAGGCUCUUUCUCGACUCUCACCAUCACCACCACUGCCCUCUGCUUCUUCCAUUUGGCUCACGAACGAAUUAGUGGAACCGCUGGAACAUCUGAUAUCGUUGUAUGAACAGGAUCCCUGUCUCACACCUGUCACUGAAUCACCACCCAGUUUUUUUGUUGCAGCGAAUGUUUGUUUACUUGUCAUCGUCGGAAAGGAACCAAGAUCACCAGCUCACAAGUUGAAUUCAAUUCCCCGUCGAACGACAUUAAAGAUGCCCUACAUUUUCAUAACGGUCCAAUCAGGUGGAUGGGACCCUUCUUUGCCCAUCAACUUGGAUUAUUCGCCGGAAUUAGAUCCAGAGAUCAACGGAUUUUUGCGCGAACAUCAACAGCCCAAUCACAAGCAUACAAACCAUCGUGGGCCAUCCAGGAAUGCUGAUGGAAGAGGAUCCGUUUCCACUCAUUGCGAAUUGCGGCUGAUUCUCGAUGGGCUGGAGAAGCUUGGGUUUCAGUUGGUGACCACUGCGUCUUAUUCAUUUCAAGGCCGGGCCCACAACGAGUUCAUCAUGCAUCGUGAACUGACGCCCGUGAUGGACCAUCUGCACGAAAUGAAACACAAAGAGAAACAACACUUGGCCAUUCCAGAACAAAACAAGAAGAAAAAUAAAGAUGAGAGCCAUAAACAGCAUCGUCAUCGAGAUCGCACUAGCAGCAGUAGCAGCGAUCACAGUAUUGACGACAGGAAUAAUAGAAGGAAAACCGAUUCUUCGACACCUGCUCAUCACAAGAGCAAGAAUCAUUCAUCGUCAUCAGCCCCAUUCCGCAGCCAACAGUCGCAACUUUACUACUAACUCACUACUAACUCCGAUUGUUUGUCCAUAAAAUUGGCCUGAUUUUAGCACAAUCAGUCAAUUAUUACUUCUUAAAAAAGACAACUUGAUUUUAAAUUACAUCAAAUUAUUUUAUUGUUCAAACCAUUCUAGAAAUCCUCUCUUUACCCGUAGUACACUUUUGUCUUUUUUUUUUCUGUUUGUGAGUGGAACUAUAAUUAAAUAAAAAAAAAAUCACUGAAACGAA